CCACAUCCGGCUGAUCGUAUUCCAAACCAUGCGCUUAUCAUGUCCGCCUCCCUCGGCCCUCUCAUAGGCCUUGCUCCUCGAACCAUCGCCUUCCACUUGCCCCCUCCGUCAUGGCGCCAGCGUAGCCCAGGGGUUCCUCAGCACACGCCCGCACCGCAUAUGGCUAGCUGUUACCCAAGUGCCUUUCUCCCACCUCGGCGCUCGUAUCUUCGGCCCACUAUCUCGAGACGCUUUUCUCUUCACCCUCUUGUCCCGCUCUUGAACUCUUUUGUCCCGCUCAGCCCGCUCCUCCUUGUGCCUAACGUUGUUUCCUUUCCCAUUGUCACUUUGUUCCCUAGUCGCUCGUUUUUCCUCACCGUUAUGCCAUCAUGAUCCCCAAAGGCUACCGUUUAUCCUUUCCCCACCUCGUCUUUUACGUUUCCACCUUUAUAAUCACCACACAGCUUUAUUUCAUAUGGGGCCAAUCUAAACUCAACUACAUCGACUUUGCCCACAGGCGCAUAUUAGGCGACUGGACCUUUGAUGCCGAUGUCCACGCCAAUGUUCACACCCUUAGCCAGGACCAAUGCGAUUCCGCGUUUCCAAAACUCUAUCACAGCCUUGACGAGUCCGUCCGCUUGCGGCAGGGGAGAAAGGUUCACGCCCAAGACAUUGAAAUAGAAAAAGGAAGAUGCAUGCUAAGAGUGCUCAUCUAUGAGGGAGAGCUCUUCGUUGUCGAUGCCGGAAUGCCGGAAAAAUGCUAUGUUACCAACGGAAAUGAGAGAGAACGCAUUCUUGGAACUCUGGCCCAGAUGGACCGUGCCGUCACUUCCGCAUCUACCUCUGAUCCUGCAAUUCCAAACAUUGAAUUCUCGCUUUCGCUUGAUGACCUACCACGCCGGUCUCGGAAGGAUGGAACUUUCUUUGGCUACACACGAAAAGACACACCAGAAUAUAGAGAUAUUUGGAUGAUGCCCAACUACGCCUACUGGGCUUGGAACUACACCCAUGCUCCCAGCUGGAACAGCAUCAGGAAAGAGAUUGAGCAAAAGGAGAAGGAUUUGCCUUGGGACAAAAAGGACCCCAGGGUCGUCUGGCGAGGCAAGAUCAAGAUGGCAAAGCUGAGAAAGGAGCUGGUCAAAGUUAGUGAAGGAAAGGAAUGGAGCGACAUCAAGCCCGUCGUCAUCAAUAACGCCAGCGAUCCUCAUACAAAGGAUGUGAUGAACUUGAGGGAUUUCUGCAGCUACAAGUACACUGUCCAAACCGAAGGAACCUCCUACUCCGGCCGCCUCAAGUACCUCCAGCUCUGCCGCUCAGCCAUGAUCACACACCCCCUGGAAUGGCAAGAGUUUCACACGCACCUCAUGCGCCUCGCUGGUCCCGAGGUGAAUUAUAUUGAAGCUUCCGAGAACUUCGGUAACCUCGAGUCCGCCAUGGAAUACUAUCGUGAGCAUGACAACGAGGCAGAGCAGAUUGCAAAGAAUAGUUAUGAGACAUUUACCCGAAGGUAUCUUACGCCAGCAGCAGUAACAUGCUAUUGGCGACGAUUGUUCUGGUCCUGGGCAAGCGUGCAGGGAUUCGACCCACUCUUGUACGUCCCUGACAAAGACGGCAAGAUGGCCAUGAGAGGUACACCCUGGACUGCUUUUGCUGCCAACUGGCCCAAGGAUCCCGCGGCUAUUCCUUGAGCGUCUGUGGGAAGUCUAUCAAAGAAUCGGCCGCUGGGAGGUGAAUUUGCAUGAGCAUCAGCAUUGGAGUACCAGGUUUUUUCCAUUUCGCACGAUACCCGCAUUUACGCGUCAGAAUAAUAGACACAUUUUAAUAUUGUUGCAUACAUUCUAAUUCACUGCCU